UUGUUGCGAAGCUCUGUUGGCACCAUCUGCGCUCAGGCUGCUUCGCUGAGAUUGACGUCCGGUGCUUUGCGCCACCUUACUCUCACAAGGUGAGUUUUUGGCCCUGGUGUCGUUUGAGGUGAUUCAAAGCCCUGACCUGUGGAUGGCCGUGGGACUCCUGAAGGCACAUCAGAACAUCUGGCUCAUAUAUGCAUGCCUGUGGUAGACCGUUAAGCUUCAGUCAGAUGUGCAGCUUUUCACCGACCACUUUCUAGGAUCCAUAAUGUUACAGUGCGUUUUGAACAGUCAUGAUGUUACAGGGGAAACUAAUUUAAUUAUUUUUGUGAAGAUAAUACUUAAUAAUCUAAUUUUACUUUCUAUUAAAGCAUAAUGAAAUCCAAAAGGAAAACUGAUCACUUGGAGAGAACUGCAAAUGUCAUUCGACGGGAGGUUUGUAUCCUUGGGUGACGGCAAGUUUUUCGAGGCUUGGCAGUGCACCUGGUUACAACUGGCUCACAGGGAACCCCUCGAUCCCUUUGAAGGACAAUCCAGGAGAGUUUGUUAUUUUUUUGUUCAGAACCUUUUCUGAUAGGACAUACGACAACUGAUUUGAAAAGAUGACAGCCAGAUACUCAAAUUUUUCAUUUAAAGCUUAGAAUGAAUGGAUUAAUUUUUUUUUGGAUUUCACUUUUUUUAUUAAGUUUUCAAAUUUUAAUUCAAGUAUAGUUAACAUACAGUGUUACAUUAGUUUAAGGUGUAUAAUGCAGUGAUUUAUUUUAUUUUUUAAAUACAAUUUAUUGCCAAAUUGGCUAACAUACAGUGAAUACAGUAUGCUCUUGGUUUGGGGGGUAGAUUCCUGUGAUUCAUCGCUUACGUACGACACCCAGUGCUCAUCCCGAGUGCCCUCCUCAAUGCCCAUCGCCCAUUUUCCCCUCUCCCCUGCCCCCCCUUCAACCCUCAGUUUGUUCUCUGUAUUUAAGAGUCUCUAUGGUUUGUCUCCCUCCCUCUCUGUAACUAUUUUUUUUCCCUUUCCCUUCCCCCAUGGUCUUCUGUUAAGUUUCUCAAGAUCCACAUAUGAGUGAAAACAUAUGGUAUCUGUCUUUCUCUGACUGACUUAUGUCACUUAGCAUAACACUCUCCAGUUCCAUCCACGUUGCUGCAAAUGGCAGGAUUUCAUUCUUUCUCAUCGCCAAGUUGUAUCCCACUGUAUAUAUAAACCGCAUCUACUUUAUCCUGAAUGGAUUAAUUUUUGAUGAAGGGAGUAUGGCAGCAAUUGAGGGACCUACCCUCACAGGUGUAAUGUUUAGGGUUAUAUUUUAGGGAUAGAACUUUAAUAGCCUACAGUUUAUGAGUAGCUUACUUCUUUUUUUUUCUUCUUCCUGUUCUUUGUUGUUGUUGUUGUUUCUUUCGGCACCCUGUCUCAAAGUCCUUGUACUUAUCCCCACUUUAGAACAACUUAUUUCAUCAAAGGAGACAGCACUAACAUCUGAGAAAGGAAGGUGGAUGAGUUCUUGUUACCCUUGCCAUGUGCAGAUUUUUUCCCCACCAUAUUCAGACUCUAAAAAACUAAUCUACCACCUGAAGGGGUGUCAAGGGCUGGGAAAUAAAGGAUCCUCACCCUUUACCUCAGUCGUGUCGGCCGCUAAGGUUUGUGGGGCUGCUGCUGAGUCACCAUCAGUGAAAAGGCUCCACCUGCUUGUUGCUGAUAAAGAUUUUUCUUUUAAAGCUGGCCAGUGGGUUGAUUUCUUUAUCCCAGGAGUCUCUGUGGUUGGUGGGUUCUCAAUAUGCUCCAGCCCCAGACUGCUAAAACAAGAGAGGAUGAUAGAAUUGGCAGUGAAAUAUGCGAACCACCCCCCUGCUCUCUGGAUUCACAAUCAGUGUACCCUUGACUCUGAAGUGGCCGUGAGAGUGGGUGGAGAGUUCUUCUUUGACCCUCAGCCUGCAGAUGCCUCUAGAAACCUGGUGUUGAUUGCAGGAGGAGUCGGAAUUAACCCUCUGCUGUCCAUCCUGCGGCACGCGGCAGACCUCCACAGAGACCGGGUGAACAAAGGAAGCGGCUAUGAGGUCGGAACGAUAAAGCUCUUCUACAGUGCAAAAAAUACCAGUGAACUCCUCUUUAAGCAAAAUAUCCUCGAUUUAGUAAAUGAAUUUCCUGAGAAGAUUGCUUGCAGUUUGCAUGUUACCAAACAGACUACACAAAUCAGUUCAGAACUGCAGCCAUACAUCACGGAAGGAAGAAUAACGGAGAAGGAGAUAAGAGAUCAUAUUUCAAAAGAGACUUUGUUCUAUAUUUGUGGCCCACCUCCAAUGACAGACUUUUUCUCCAAGCAACUGGAAAACAGCCAUGUUCCCAAAGAACACAUUUGCUUUGAGAAGUGGUGGUAGGGAGCAGGCAAAGGUAGAAGAGAGAAAGCUGUGAAAUCUUCUCAGGACAAUAACAGAGACAUGAUUUGUGGCACCAUGAAUUUACCUCUCCUCAGCGGUUUUUUUUUUGUUUCCUUUUUUCUUUUUUUUUUUUCAAGGCUGAACUAAGUAAGUGACCAGCUGGAGCAUCAAAGAAAAACCAGCCGACAGACUUCAAUGAUAAGCUUUUUGCCAAGACUUCAUUGAUUAAAUUAUUUUUGCUAUAUUGAGUUUCUUUUAUUAAUAACUGUUUGAUUAUCUCAUGAUGCAUCUUGAAUCGGUCAAUAUAGAUGUUCUUUCCUCUUAGGGAAAAAAGAGACUGUCCUUAAACUUAAUCAUAUAAAAAUGUUUUUUGUGUAAGAUAUAGGUUGUCCUUAUUUGGUAGCAACCUAUAUAUCUUAUGUCCAAUAAACUUACAAUUUAAACACAUUCUUAUUAAUCUUACCUUGAAAAUUCUUUAUAUUUAAGGUCUUAGUUCACCUUACUACAAGCCUGAAGCCUUGUUUCUUCAGACCAUCAAAAUUGGGGUUGGAAAUGGAAAAUUAUUAGGAAAACUUCUUUAGGGAAUUGAAUAUCUGGCAUGUUCGCUUAGUGUUAAUGAACGUCCUAAGUAUGUAUCCUGACUAAUUGUUAGUUUCUCCUCAAAUUAAAUCCUUUUCUGUGCUCUGCGUCUUGGCCGCCUGCCUUAACACUACAUGUAGGAGGCGGCUUCUUGUUUGGGACAAAGGCGUUGGUGACUGCUAGAUUCCAUGUUGAAUCUUACCUUCAAUGGCCAGGCUGGCUGGCUGUAAAAAUGUGCUGAGGAUUGAUUAGGGAGUAUAGAGCCAUUUCCAAAUCCUGCUUUUCUGCCUUUUAUUUAAUUUCUUUGCCAGGGUUGUUCUUGGCACCAAUAAUAGCUCCACGAUACAUACUUGUUGAAUGACUGAAAGAAAGCAGCUAACACUUAGCUCCUUGCUAAGCCUGGGUUGGGAGGCAGUCCCCAGGACGGAUGGAGAGAAUGGUGGAGCCUCAUCGCAAGGCUGCUCUAAUGAAACUGCUAGAAAGCAGACUGCUCUUUGUAUCUUCAUUUAGAUCUUUAAAAGGCCAAAAGAAGUCCAUAGGUUGAGGCCAGGCCAUUCCUCCUGUGACACACAGUGUUGGGCCCAAGGCUACCAGCUUGGAGAAGAGUGUGAGGGUAA